AUGGAAAGUUCCAGUGAAAAGAAGAAUAUCAUUAAAGCAAGGUCGUAUGCCAUUCCGCCUCUACCGCAAAAUAAAGUAAAAAAUGAGUCAGUGAAACGGAAAUCGUUUUUCGUAAACGAUGCUGUAAAAUCAUUAGAUUUGGCUUUAGGGCGAUUGAAAAAGAGUAAAUUGCAGGAUGGGGACGCAUCAGGGACGAAGGUAGAUCCGGCGACUUCAAACAGGAACAUGUUCAUAGAUGCUUGUCCCAGUGGUUUCAACAGCGCACAUAGGAAUGAUAACAUAUCAUUAAUGUCGAUGAACUUCUCCCAUUAUGAAUUGAUGAGGAAUCUAUCGCGGACCAACUGCAACUCGGACGGCGCCUACAGCGGUAGCACAUGCAAUGCGAGCGCCAGCCCUACUGACAUGAGGCUCAAAGACGAACACUUAGAAAGGUACUUCCGCAGUGCAGAAUUGUGGAACACCAGCUUCAGAGACGUCCAUCCUCGAGUUCAUUUCGAGUUACCUGAUAAAUAA